CAGAGCGUGCUGAGCCCUGAACAGCGGAGCUGCUGCCCGCUGCAUGGAAGACCUGGCGGUGCCCGGGGCCGGGGGCCCGCCAGCCAACGGCAACGGCAACGGCGGCGGCAACGGCGGCGGCAAAGGGAAGCAGGCGGCCCCCAAGGGCCGCGACGCGUUCCGAAGCCAGCGGCGGGAGUCGGAGGGCUCCGUGGACUGCCCCACUCUGGAGUUUGAGUAUGGAGAUGCAGAUGGACAUGCAGCAGAGUUGUCAGAAUUGUAUAGCUACACUGAGAACCUGGAAUUCACCAAUAACAGGAGAUGCUUUGAAGAAGAUUUCAAGACUCAAGUACAAGGCAAGGAAUGGCUGGAAUUGGAGGAAGAUGCUCAAAAGGCCUAUUUAAUGGGACUACUAGACCAGUUGGAGGUGGUCAGUAGAGAGCGGCGGCUGAAGGUGGCCCGGGCUAUUCUCUAUCUGGCCCAAGGCACUUUUGGGGAAUGUGAUUCAGAGGUCGAUGUGCUCCACUGGUCCAGGUACAACUGCUUCCUGCUCUAUCAGAUGGGGACCUUCUCAGCCUUCCUGGAGCUACUUCACAUGGAAAUCGACAGCAGCCAGGCCUGUGGCAGUGCCCUUCGGAAACCAGCCGUCUCCAUUGCUGACAGCACAGAGCUCCGAGUGCUGCUGAGUGUCAUGUACCUAAUGGUGGAAAACAUCCGCCUGGAGCGAGAGACAGAUCCCUGUGGGUGGAGGACAGCCCGGGAGACCUUCCGCACUGAAUUGAGCUUCUCCAUGCAUAAUGAGGAGCCUUUUGCCCUUCUGCUCUUCUCCAUGGUUACCAAGUUCUGCAGUGGCCUGGCUCCCCACUUCCCCAUAAAGAAGGUCCUGCUUCUGCUCUGGAAGGUGGUCAUGUUUACCCUUGGUGGAUUUGAGCAUUUGCAGGCUCUCAAAAUACAGAAGCGGGCAGAGUUGGGCCUGCCUCCACUGGCUGAAGACAGUAUCCAGGUGGUGAAGAGCAUGCGUGCUGCCUCCCCACCCUCUUACACUCUCGACCUGGGGGAGUCUCAGCUGGCACCACCACCCUCCAAGCUGCGAGGCCGCCGUGGUUCUCGAAGGCAACUCCUCACUAAGCAGGACAGCCUGGACAUCUACAAUGAAAGGGAUCUCUUUAAAACUGAGGAGCCAGCCCCAGAGGAGGAAGAGGAGUCUGCUGGUGAUGGGGAACGGGCCUUGGAUGGAGAGUUAGAUCUGCUGGAGCAGGACCCUCUGGUGCCACCUCCACCCUCACAGGCACACCUCUCUGCUGAGCGGGUGGCCUUUCCCAAGGGCCUGCCUUGGGCCCCAAAGGUCAGACAGAAGGACAUCGAACACUUCUUGGAAAUGAGCAGGAACAAGUUCAUCGGAUUCACCCUGGGGCAGGACACAGAUACCUUAGUUGGAUUACCCAGGCCCAUCCAUGAGAGUGUGAAGACUCUGAAGCAGCACAAGUAUAUCUCCAUCGCAGAUGUGCAGAUCAAGAAUGAGGAGGAGAUGGAGAAGUGCCCCAUGUCUUUGGGAGAAGAGGUGGUACCAGAGACGCCGUGUGAAGUCCUCUACCAGGGCCUGCUGUACAGCCUCCCGCAGUAUAUGAUCGCUCUGCUUAAGAUUCUGCUGGCUGCAGCCCCCACCUCCAAGACUAAGACAGACUCCAUCAAUAUCCUGGCAGACGUCCUGCCUGAGGAGAUGCCUGUCACUGUUCUCCAGAGCAUGAAGCUGGGCAUCGAUGUGAACAGGCAUAAGGAGAUCAUUGUAAAAAGUAUCUCUGCCCUGCUCCUGCUACUCCUCAAACACUUCAAACUUAACCAUAUUUACCAGUUUGAAUAUGUAUCGCAACAUUUGGUAUUUGCCAACUGCAUCCCCUUGAUCCUGAAGUUCUUCAAUCAAAAUAUCUUGUCAUACAUCACUGCCAAAAACAGCAUCUCGGUUCUUGAUUACCCUUGCUGUACCAUCCAGGAUUUGCCGGAGCUUACUACUGAGAGCCUGGAAGCUGGAGACAACAACCAGUUCUGUUGGAGGAACCUCUUUUCCUGCAUCAACCUCCUAAGGUUGCUCAAUAAACUGACCAAAUGGAAACAUUCCAGGACCAUGAUGCUAGUGGUGUUUAAAUCAGCUCCAAUCCUAAAGCGGGCCCUCAAGGUCAAACAGGCCAUGCUACAACUUUAUGUCCUAAAGCUGCUAAAGAUACAGACCAAGUACCUGGGGCGCCAGUGGAGGAAAAGCAACAUGAAAACCAUGUCAGCCAUUUACCAGAAAGUACGCCACCGCAUGAAUGAUGACUGGGCUUACGGAAAUGACAUUGAUGCCAGGCCAUGGGACUUCCAAGCCGAAGAAUGUACUUUGAGAGCCAACAUUGAGGCUUUUAACAGCCGCCGGUAUGACCGACCCCAAGACUCUGAAUUUUCACCUGUGGAUAACUGCUUGCAGAGUGUACUGGGGCAGAAGUUGGAUCUGCCUGAAGAUUUCCACUAUUCAUAUGAGCUCUGGCUGGAGCGUGAGGUGUUUUCACAGCCCAUCUGUUGGGAGGAGUUGCUCCAGAAUCACUAACUGAGCUCUUGUCAACAAAGCAUCUAUAGAUGGAGGUUGGCUCCAAUAAAUGGUGCUCUGUCUACCUUGCCCAUCCAGCCUUCGUUUCCAUUUCUAAGAGUGGUUGUCAAAAGGAGAUCUGGCUAAGCCCUAGGACAUCCAGUAUAGUUCAGGGUUUGUCUGGGGGCUAUUGGGCCUAGAGAUGCUGCAAGGCUAAGUCACAACAAAAUGAUGAAUUAUUUUUGACUGCAGUAUGCCCAGGGAUCAGUUGGGUGCCCAGUUGGCCUUGGAAAUCUUUUAGUGGAUAUGUCCUGGACAACCUCUUUGGUGCGACAUCAUCCUCCCUGCUUUAGUCUUGGCUAGAACCAGGCUAGCCUUAGCUGGCCACAAGAGAGAGAGGAAGUUUAUUGUGGCAUUUGAACCCUAACUUUCAUCACAGACAGUGGGAGGUGCAGUUUGUGAAUUAGGGAGAAAGUUUUCUUCUUAUUCACUGUGGAUUCUUAGGACUUCUAAGAGGUUUGGCAAAACCAACUUAGAAAUUAAGUCUAUAUUUUAAGUUUUAAAUUUUGACAGUCACUCUUUCUAAAAUCAUUAGCCCUACAAUGAUUUUAGAGCACCUUCACCUUUAUGGAAGAUGAUGAUUUACUAUUCCCUAAAUAGUGCAUGUUAUAGAAAAGUAUGUUGUGUAGAGUUUUUUUUCUUUAUUCCCUAAAAGGUCUGUGUUCAAUGUGAAUAUUAUUUCCUUGUGUACUCUAUAUAGGGCAUGGAGUGCUCUGCUAUUUUUAAAGAGUCACAUCCAAUACCAAUAUGAAACAAUCAGGCCAUCUUUAAGGCCUGAUUGUUUUUUCUGAAACUACUUUAGUCUUAAGAUGGCUGAGUACACUGCAGAAAAUUAUCCUUUUCAUGCAGUUAAUUUCUUAAAUGACAAGUUAGCUAUAGGAGGAUUUAUUUAUUGAGAUGGCAUGUUCAUUUGUGCACAAGAUUUAUUUAUUUUUUUAAUUGAAAAGCACAGUAAGAGCAUCGCAGCUUACCAUUUUUCUUUUUCUCCAAUGUUGAUUGAUUUUUUUUUUUUAUUUACUGCUAGCGGUUUCAAAGUGUCAUGUGGAGAUUUAGCAAUACUGUUUCUACCUAAAAGUAUUGCACAUUUCAUUGAAAACAUUAGGCUUGAUAUACGAACCUCUUUACACUUCUUUCAUUUACAGCAGAAUUACAGAGUACCCAAAAGAAACUGGUUUUAGAAAAAUUUCUGAUUUAUUCAGGAUUAUUUUAUUUCUAUCCCCACAAUUAUGACAUCUGUAUCUUCAGGCCUUUUUACCUUCAGUGGUGCAAAUCCCCUCCCCAACAUAGACACUACUGAAUCUUUCACAUGAUGACACCAGGUCACUCUGUGCUAGGACACCUAGUCAAAAUUUGCUUAUUUUGUCUUUUGUCAACCACAGUCUCACUUGCAGGUCAUGAUAGAGACAAUAUCAAAAGGAACAAUACCAAAAUCUAGUAGGUAAACUUUGGAAUUUAUGUCUUUGUGCUUCAGGAGAGCAGGAUUUAUGUUUAUGGCAGGGUCAUGGAGAAUUAAAUAUGUAAUGGAUGAAACUUCUUCAGAUGAUUUGUAAAUUUUAUCUAAGUAAAUAGUCCUAGUGCAAUAAAAAUUUACUAAGAAUGUCUUCUAUGAAUGUUAUUAAUCUAGGGUCAGGCUAGAUUUCAGUGUGAUUUUAAUGAAAAGACAAUUUUCAAGGAAAGAGCAAUCAUCAAUCUAUUUCCUUUAAAGCCAUAUAGAUAUUCAAAUUGUGUCAAGAACAAAUAAGUUACCCUUUUUAAAGUACCCAUGGGAGUGCCUUUUGAGGUAUGGAAGAAUGCUAAACUUUAAAAUUUCAUGCUUUAUUAUUUACAGCUGUUCUCUAAGGGAAGAUUAAUUCUCACUGCAGAUGGAAAAACUAAGUAGUUGUUUUUUCCCAUGGACUCGCUGCACCUAGCUUUCAUGUAUUGCCAGCCAGCCCCUUAUGCUAAGAUAACCAAGUUGACCCUCCCAGUUUGAGAAUUCAUGAGUGUAGUUAGGAAUAAACUCAGAUUGACCAAUCUCCAAUACUGAUUACUGUUACUGCAUAGAAAAACAUUAUUCGAGUGAUUUAUAAAAUAGAAGAUUUUCAUUUGUCAAUGUUUCAACAACGUUUGUGUGGAUUGUUGAUAAACACUCUGUACUGAAGCACUUUAAUAAAAAUAAUCUGGAA